AUGACCGACGAAACUCGCGGCUUCUUUUCCGCACCCGCGCUCGCGUGGGUUCCGGCGGCGAAGUCUCCGGGGCAAAUCUCGGCUACUGAGAAUGGCAGGCUCUCUCCCUUCGAGAGUGUCCGGUCUACCCUGCCCGGGCCCGGCUGUUAUCGCCGAAACCCGAGCGCCCCCGGUCCUUGGGCUCCAGCGGGGAGGCGCAGCCCGGCCUUCCCUCCCUCUUGUCGUCGGCCGGGCCCGGCCGGGCCUUCAGGCCGCCAAGACAAAGGAGCGGGCGGGGGCCGCGACGCCUGUCCGGCCGCUCGCCCCACCGGCCCGUACCCCCACGGCCAUGGCGACCCCACGGAAACCCGGGCCCGUGGGGCCCGCAGGAGGCCGCGGCGCCUGGCCGAGGAGGGGGCGGCGGCCGCCACCAUGUCUGCCGCCCCUCCCAGAAGCCAAGCGCCGGGCGGACAAAGCGCGGCGGCGGCGGCGCGGACACCCAGGCCGACCCCGCCGACCCCCGCCAAACAAGCGGGGCCAGGAGCCCCGGAAACCCGGCGCCUUAAUGCAAUAAACAGGAAAUCGCGGGGAUGAUCUGGGUUCCGGGGGAAGUGGAAUUAUUUUUUACCAGCGAAGAGAUCAACUUCCACAUCCGGUGGUAACAGGGCCCUACACAGACCCGCACUGACCUGGAAAAGCUUCGGGAGCGGCGGCGGGGGAGCAGCGGGAGGAGGUGCGGGGACCGCGGCGCCUCGGAGCCGGCAGGGCUGACGCGGCCCCGCCACACACAGAGCGCUUCGCUGCACAGGGCGCUAUUUUCCGAAAAUGCCGCGUCUGGUCGGCGCCCAAAAUCCCCACCGAAAAGUCCCCGUCGGCGCGGAGGGACACGGCGGGCGAGCUCCCAGCAUGCCUGCGGCGGCCUCGCCAACCGCGCCGGUUUCCGCCCCACUGGCCCAGGAGCAAGCCUGCCGCCGCCCUCCCCGAGCCCUGUUCCGGCGGGAAAGAGGGACGAAAGGGUCUGGUUUUGACUUUAAACAGAGAGAAAGGAAAUAAGCCAUUUCUAGCGUUCCGCCACACAAAGGCUGCGGCGGAAUGAUCCACUGGGUGACCGCGAGUCCCGGCUCGCCCGGCGCCUGCGCGGCAGCGGGGGUUUCUCUAUGUAGGCCUGGCUCUCCUGGAAUUCACUCUUUAGACCAGGCUGGGCUCAAACUCAGAGAUCCUGUGUUUUCCUCUGGAAUACUGGGAUUAAAGGUGAGUACCACUAGUGCCCAGCCAUUGGUCUUUUUAUGAUAUUUCAGAUUUCCUACAUAAUUAUUUUGUUGUUUUUUAUGUUUUUUUGUCUUUAACAUUUUCCUUGGCUGUUAAAUUUAUUUCCUCUGCUUGUCUGUAACCUCACCUUCUCUUUUCCACCCAACCCAUGCUGUCUGGAAUACUUCCUUCUGAGCUUUUUGACAUCCCAAGUUUAUUUCCUUUCAGCAUUUCUUCAGAAAUUCUGUCUUUUUAUUAAAUAUUUUCAUCUCUUGAAUUGUUGCAUUUUUUUUUGUACAACUGUUUACAUUUAUGGGAACCGACUCCCAUAUCCCAGUAAUAUAGUGUUGAGGUUUAGAUGUAAAAUGCACCCAACAAGUUCAAAUGUGUGAACGCUUGGUCCUCAGCUGGUAUGCUGCUUUGAGAAAUUGUGGAACAUUUAGAAUGCAGGGCUUACCUAGAGGAAGUACUGGUUGAGGGGGUGGAGCAAGCCUUAAUAUUUAUAGCCCAGCCUGCUUCCUGUCCUGUCCACUUCCUAAACUGCUUAGAAAUGAGCCAGUAGCCUCCCAUUCCUGCUGCAGCCAAGAGUAGCUCCCACUACCUUGCCUUCCCUGCCAAGAUGUUACCACAAUGAACCUCAUUUCCAUUAAUUUGCCUCUUGUCACAAUCACAAUGACUAAAGAAAGCAAUAACAGUGGGUUUAUUUGGUAUUAUAAGCCUUUCGGUAUCAUUCUGAUAGUAUCCAUAGUGCCUUCACCUGAGGCAGAGUCCACUUUAAGAAACAACUUUCUGGGAUGGUGUUGUGUGACUUCUCCUGGGGAGAAACGGGAACAAAUGUCUGCUGAUAGAUGGUGAACAUAAUAGUCCAAAUAAGGAGACCAAGAAAUUCCAAGGUGGUGAACAAUAGUUUUAUUAGGAUUGUUUACAGAGCAGAAAUGACAUUACCAAAAUCCCACUCCAGUGUGGGUGACAGUUCACAGGGCUGGGAACCUGGGUCACACUGUUGAACCCAUUGGCAGCUCAACAACUCAGAGAAUUUCUUUUCUAGGUAGUUGAAUUGUUCUGAGCAUCUUCGAGGCAGCUUGCCAGGUCUGCCUCUUCUAAGCAGUGUGGCUUGUCUGAUACUCUUCUAGCCUACCAGUUUUCAACCUGUGGGUCAUGAUCACUGAAAACACAUAUCUCAAUGGUCUUAGGAACUCCCAACCAUAAAUUUACUUUCAUUGCUACUUCAUAACUGAUUUUGCUGAGUCCUAAGACUGCUGUUCUAGGCAGCUCGGCUUGUCUGACAGUGCCUUUCAAACAGUCUCUACUGCUUAUCUACACAAUGGAGAGGGAGGAGUGUAGUGAAUCUUUUUGUUGGUUUCAGGGACUUCUUGGAGCUAUUUUGAGUUGUUUCCUUCCUGAGAUUAAUGAUUACUGAGCUUCCCUGAUGGAUGGAUUAUUUCACCUCCCUAUAGACAUCCUGUGUCUGAAUGAGCUGCCUCUUUUGAUGGGAGUUUUUAACCGUGGAGGAAACUGCUAAAGAGCAGAUUCUGAUAUGGUUCAGCAGGUAAAGGUGCUUGCCACCAAGCCUGAUGACCUGAAUUUGAUCCCCAUGCCCUACAUGGUACAAGAGGGGAGCUGACUCUUGUGAGUUGUCCUCAGACUGCCACAUGUGUACCACAGCAUGUGCAUGUCCACCACCACCCCCCCCAAAAAUGUAAUUUUUUUUUUUGGUUCUUUUUUUUUUUUUUUUUUUUUUUUUUUCCGGAGCUGGGGACCGAACCCAGGGCCUUGCGCUUCCUAGGUAAGCGCUCUACCACUGAGCUAAAUCCCCAGCCCCCAAAAAUGUAAUUUUUAAAGUGUUUUUUUCAUAAGGGACAGUGUAAAGUCCGCACUGCCACAGGUUAUAAACGCAGUUGUACAGAAAUAAACUGCUUUCUUAGCUAAUCUGUUAGUGGUAAUUUUGUCCAAUCCUCAAACUCCGCUGCUAGCUCCCUUACUGCUUAGCCACACCAGCGGCUACUGGGUGAUGAAAAUUUGAAACCCUCAAACAGAGACACGAUGAUUAGAAUUAACUUCUCUUGAAAUUUCUUACAUAUUUAUAGCUUCUCCUGAGAAUAUUGGGUUUUUGUUUUGUUUGGAGGGGAGUUGGUUUUCAAGACAGGAUUUCUGGGUAUAGCCUGGUUAUUCUAGAACUCACUCUAGCCCAGGUUAGCCUUGGAUUCAGACAUUUGACUGCCUGUUCCACCUGAAUGAUGGGGUUAAAGGUAUGUACUCCCAUACCCAAUUUAAGACGUCUUUAGUAGGGAAAAGUGAAUGCUGGGCGUGGUGGGCCAAGGAUUUAAUCCCAGCAUUCAGGAGGCAGAAGCAGGUGGAUCUUUUAUGAGUUAGAAGCCAGCCAGAACCACACUAUAACACCCUGUCUCAGAGGGGUUUUAAAAAAAAGUCUUCGAUUUAUGGCUUCCUUUGAUCUAUUACUGUAAAAACUUCAUAAACUGAUACCAUGUUGAAAUGUGGACAUGAGGCAAUUUGAAUCUGUGUUUCCAGGCCAUGAUCACUAUAUGAUUUCAGAAUAAACUGUUUAAUUGAGACAAGAUCUGUGUGUGUGUGUUGGGGUUUUGUUUUGGUUGGAGGGUGGCAGUGACCCAGCCAUGUUCUCAGCACUAAUAUUUUGAAAUGAAUCCUUUUGUUUUGAGUAGUCCCAACAAU